CCCCCGCUCCCCGGUGUUGAGAGAGCAGUGCAAGUGGGAAGCACAGCGUUGGAGUUUGUCCGUGAAGCACCAUGCGCUCCGCGGGCAGGUCGUGGCUGCUGUUGACCGGGUUCGUCGUCUUCUACAUCAUCUACCUGCUGUUCGGAGGCCUGGUCUUUUCUACCAUCGAGCGGCCUGAGGAGGAGCGGCUGAGACACGAGCUGGACACCCUCAGACAGGAGUUCCUUAAUCACAGCUGCGCCAGCGCCGCGGACCUGGACCUCUUUUUGGCUCGGGUGUUGCAGGCGCACCGCUCAGGUGUGUCCGUGCUACGGAACUCCUCUCAGCCCUCCAACUGGGAUCUGACCUCCUCCAUGUUCUAUGCCAACACUCUGGUCACCACCGUGGGGUACGGUCACAGCACCCCUCUGUCAGACCUGGGGAAGGCCUUUUCCAUCCUGUACGCUCUACUGGGUGUACCCUUCACCAUGCUGGUGCUGACAGCCUGUGUGCAGAAGCUGCUCUUCCCUCUGGUGGUGGGGCCUGUAGCUCUGCUCCAUGGCUGGGGUCUGGAGCCCCGAGCGGCCUGCGCUCUGCACCUGCUGUUGCUGAUCCUGCUGCUACUGCUCUGCUUCUUCAUGGGGCCCGCGGCCCUCUUCAGCUGGCUGGAGGGCUCCUGGUCCUUUCUAGAUGGAGUUUACUUCUGCUUUAUCUCCCUGUGCACUAUCGGCCUGGGGGACUAUGUCCCAGCACUGCAGCCAGGUCAGAGGAACAAGCCACUGUACCAGGUGUCUGUGAUGGUCUACCUGUUCCUGGGCCUCAUGAUGAUGUUCCUGUUGCUGCGGGCAGUCCACAAAAUGGCCGACGUGCAUGGUCUGACCACACUCCUGCAGCUGCCGCGAUGUCAGGAGAGCAGCCCAGACGACGAGCAGCGUCCCAUCGUGGAGAAUCAGGGGAAGAACCAGUCAGAACCCACAGACAAGAUUGCCAGCCCCGCCAACACCACCCACCCCUCCUACAACACUAUCCUCAAGGGCUGACCGCCCUCUCCUGGUCAGAGCCCUCCCUCACAGAGGCAGGUCUGGUGGGACACUUGGAGACAGUAAAAUAGACUGCUUGUGGAAAUGUGCUUAGUUGCUGCUUGUGGAGGUGCCGUCACUACACUUAUCACCUGUACAAACGCGUUCACUGUUGUUCAGUGGGUUGUCUGGUCAAUAAACCUGUUCGUUGUCAUGUGUUAAAGGGA